UGUCCUUGGUUGAUUAGGUUGUACAAGUUAAGGAAGAUGUGGUGUCCAGUGUACUCCAAGGAUUACUUCUCAGGGGGGUGCUGUCUUCUCAAAGAAGUGAGACUACAAACCAUUCCUUGAAUCAAAGGCUUCAUAGCAUGCAAGGCCUUUGUGAUUUCUACAAGGUUUUUAUAGAUGUUGUUGAGGAAUGGAGGGACAGGGAGAAUGGUGAAGAUUACAAUGCACUUAAUGGCAACAAACAUCUAGCAUUUGUAGAUGUUAAGUUACUAAAUGAGGCGAAGAAGAUAUAUACUGUGGCUGUGUAUUUGACGUUUGAGGAGAAUUUCAUAAGAGGUGCGUCAUUUUGCCAGAAACUAGUCAAGUAUGACCCCCCUUUAUUUGAAUACCAUGUGGGACGCACUGAGAAAGAAUAUCUAAUGCAUCUUGUUAGAUAUGACCAAGAAAAUAUGACAAUUGAUUGCACAUGCAAGUAUUUCACUGAGAUGGGUUUAUUGUGUUCCCAUUCAUUGAGGAUUUUUCACAUACAUAAUGUUGAAAAAAUUCCCCAAAGAUACAUUUUGGGUAGAUGGGCAAAACAUGCUAUGUGUACAAGAGUUGAUGAUGACGCUGGGAAGGAUGUAAACAUUGUUCAAGCGUCGGUGUGGCGUGUUAAAACUACAAGGGAUGCUUUAUCCAUAAUAAAUUCAACUCAACAUGACAUAGCUGCUAGGAAAGUUGUGGAGAAUGCUUUAAGUGAUUUGAAGGCAAAGGUUGGGUUGCUUAUUGGGAAGGUUGAUGAAUCAAUUACCAUUGAUGACGUGCAAAAUUUGUUAUACCUGUUGUUAAAGAUCCACCUAAGAAGAGGAAGAAAGGAACUAGAAAUGUGAGGUUGAAAAGCACUGUGGAGAAGCAGGUGAACAGGUUAAGAGGGUGGAAGAAAACUGCUGAGAAAGCUGCAUUGAGGAACAAGGCAAAAGCGCAAAAAUCUGUCCAGGAAUACAUUGAUAUCCCUGAAGAAAGCACUGUAGCUCACUCAACACACAACAAGUCUCUUCUUGAUGUGUAUGGCCCUGAUGAUUAUUGUCAUAUUAACCACAUCCCUGGGGA